AUGGAGAGGAAGAGCUGGACAGAAGCUCAGCAGUACUGCAGAGAGGAGUUCACUGACCUCGCCACCAUAGACGACAUGACAGAGAAUAAGAAGGUGAAGAGCACGAUGCAGGAAGCAGGUGCUGGAGAUGCCUGGAUUGGGCUGAAGGAAGAGUGGCAGUGGUCUCUGGUUGACAGGGAGAAUGAAGCAGAGUUCAGGAGUUGGGAACCAGGCCAACCCAAUGGUGGUGAAGGGGGAGACUCCACACAUCCCUAUGUGCUGGUUACUGAGAGGAAGAACUGGACAGAUGCUCAGAGAUACUGCAGAGAGAAACACACAGACCUGGCCAGUGCGAGAAAUCAGGCAGAGAACGAACAGAUAAAGGGAGUCAUACCACACAGCAAUCAUUUGAAUCCUGUGCUUUACUGGAUUGGCCUGUUCAGAGAUGCCUGGGAGUGGUCAGAUGGCAGCAGUUCCACAUUCCGCCACUGGGGUGCUGGAGAACCUAAUAACCAGGGUGUGGCGUGCACUGAAAUUGAGCCCAGUGGUCAGUGGAAAGAUGCAGACUGUGGUGAUGGGAGUCACUUCAUCUGCUAUGAAGAUGAGCUGGUUCUGGUCCGUGAGAAUAAGACCUGGAGAGAGGCGCUGCAGUACUGCCGAGAGCACCAUGUGGACCUGGUGUCUGUGACGACUGACCACAUCCAGCGCUGGGUGAGUGAGCUGGCUAAAGGAGCCUCCACUGCUCACGUGUGGGUGGGCCUGCUCCACUCCUACGGUGUGGGCUGGUACUGGGUCUGUGGACAGACCGUCUGCUACAGCAACUGGACCCCAGGGCACGAGCAGGUGGAGUCCUUCCAUCAAGGAGUCGGGGCAGUGGAGUCUGGAGGGGGGCAGUGGGUCAGCAACCUGACUAAGACUGACCAACUCAACUUCAUCUGCACCACUAAGGAUGGUUGUGACUGA